CUUUGAAUUGACCAAGCACUCGCCAACAACACCAAAACCCUUCUUCCCUCGGAGUGUUGCUGAAUGGCCUCUCACUGCCACUGUCACCAUUACCACCACCACCAAGCUCCUCCUCCUCCUCCUCCCACCAUCACCGCCACCACCACCACCACCCAAUGCUGCUGCUACCACAAUCCUCUUAACACCUGUUGCACAACUCCACCACCCCAACACCACCUUCUGCACCCCGUUGCAUCACUCCUCUCUCAACCCCAACCUCACCCUAUUCUUCCCUCCCAUCAAAACUACACCAAAUCUCACAUUCACCACAACCUUAACCUCCCCACCCAAAACCACCACCUUCAACACCAACACCAAACCCAUUCCGCCAUCUCAUCUCUCCUUCACCGCAUCGAAUCCCUCGAGUCCUCUCUCAACCACUACACCCGCCACUCCCUCCGCCACACCGCGGCCACCGUCAUCCAAACCCAUUUUCGCUCCUUCCUUGCUCGCAGAUCAAGAACCCUAACCCAGCUCAAACACCUCGCUUCCAUCAAAUCCACAUUCAACGCUCUCAAAUCCUCUUGUUCCAGCCAUGGCCAUGUCGAUUUCGCAGCCCUUUCUCUCAAAGCCAUGAACUUGCUCCUCGAACUUGAUUCGAUCGAGGGUUGUGAUCCGAUGAUUGUAGAUGGGAAAAGGUCGAUCAGCAGAGAUUUGGUUCGGUUUUUGGACUCACUCGAAGAGGUUGCUUUGAGAAAGCACGUGCUCUAUGUUAGAGAAGCAAGAAAUGUGAGGUCUGGUAAGAAAGUUCAAACAUCGAGAAAGGCAGGUGAUGAGGAAAGGAGGAAGCUACUGCAUAAUUUGAGGGAUAGGGUUGAAAAGCUGAGUAGACUAUGUAAGGUUUCUGCUAAUGAUGAAGAAGAUUCUGAGUCUGAGGGGGUGACCAAUGUUUUGAUCGGUGGAAGUAGUGGGGUGUCCCCAGACAAAAAUGGCGCCUUCCUUGGUAAGCGAGGAGUGAAGAAGAGUGUUAGGUUUGCUGAGAAUGGGAAUAUAUGUGAGGUUUAUAGCAGGGAUGUAAGAUGUUCCGAUGGAAGUUGUUCAUCUAGUGAUGAGCAAGGAGAGGUUUUGGAUAAUGUGAGUGGUUCAGUUGAAGAUGAUGGUGUAAAUUCUUAUGAGGGUGCUGAUGAUGAGGAGGAAGUGUUGGUGUUAGAGAGUGGAGUAAGUGAUGAUGGUGAGAGGAGUAGUAGAAGGGCUGUGGAAAAUGAGGGAAGAAAUGCAGAGAAAGAAAAGCUCCUGUUCUCUGCUCCUUUGCCACUUAAGAUGGAAAACAGAAGUGGUGUGAAGAAGACGUGAAUGGCCAUUACAUGUAUGGUGUAAGACUGAGCAUUCGCUGUAUUUCUAUUGUUUGAUUGUAAUGUAGGAGUUUUUUUUCAUUGGAUUUCAGAUUGGAGGAGCUCAUUUGUGUGUCUCACUGAUCGAUGGUUCUGUAAUGAACUUGAAAUGUUCAACUUCAUUUGUUGUUUACUGUAAGAAUGAUCAGCACAUUUUGUUGGGAUUGAACGAUUUCUUUAUUAAAUUUUAAGUUGAAUUUGAA